AUGGUGUUACACGGGUACAAAGUGAAUUCUGCGAAACUUGCCAAUGGGGAAUUAGUAGCACAGAAUGAUCACGUAUACGUAUCUUUACCUUGGUCUGAAAGAGAUGGUACCCCGUAUAAUAUAGCUCGUAUAAUCGAGUUCUUACCUCCUCAUACUACACCUAAAAAGGGUUCAAGAGUAGUUUCUUCAGGUUCCGAGAUAAUGGUUCGAUUAAGUCUUUAUUACAGACCACCAGAUAUAUCGUUGAGACCCAUAAACGAUUUUCGUUUACUCUUGGCAGCUAUUCAUACGGAUAUCCAACCUUUAUCAAACGUUAGAGGAAGAUGUUAUGUGAGGCAUAAAGAUAGAAUUGACGAUUUGUUAAAAUGGAAAAAACUACCUGAUCAUUUCUACUUUGUUAAAUUCUAUGAUCCUUAUAUCAAAAGAGAAUUCGAGGUCAUAAGGACUGAAGGCGUUAAUAACAUCCCACCUGAGGUCAAGGCGGCCCUCAUGUCCAGAUAUGAAUACCUGGUGACGGAACGAGAAAUGGUAUCCGAUCUUACAGAAGCAUUCCGAAGUUGUUGUGUCUGUAAUCAAUGGGCUUCAUAUCAGGAGUCCGUACGAUGCGAAGCUUGCAAGAAACAUUAUCACAUGUCAUGUCUCACCCCUCCUCUAGUCGGUAAACCAGCAAAAGGUUACUCAUGGUUCUGCAUACCUUGUUCUGUACAGCGUCAUAGAGAUGUGGAAUCUGCAAAAUUCCGUUUUACCACCAACGGUGCACCUCCAGCGAUAGGGAAAAACAAACAAAAAGCUAAAGAGAAAUCCACAGCAACGGAUUCAAGGCCAGAUGUUACGUUCAGGGGUUGGCCUUGGAGAUAUUUUGGUGUAUAUACGACUCCUGAAGAUGCAUUAGAUCCGGAAGAUGGUAUAUUCCCUCGAGCAGCUACGAGAGUAGGAUCAAAGUAUCAAGUCAACGUCCCAUCUUGGGAAGAUCAAGAAACACCUCAUGUACCGGGUGUAGUAGAAGUGGAAGCUGGACCUUCGAGGCAUGGCUUGAUGGAAAGAGGUUUUGAACCCGGAGAUAGGAAGUACGAAUCCACGAUAGAUGUCAGAUCGAAGCCGAGUGAUGAUUUGAAUGCCUAUAUGGACGAAGUGCGACUGCUCAAACUUGCUGUUCCACCUCACGAUGUCGAGAGACUGAAUCUUGCCAUUGACUGCUACACUGCGAUGGGGAGAGAGAAAGCAAUAAACUUCAUGCGUCGUACGAAAUUAGCUGAUUUUAAGCCCAUACACUUCUCAGACAAGGAGACAACGAUAUUCGAAGCUGAGCUAGAACGUAAUGGAGGACUUGAAACGCACGAAACUGCCAAAUUACUAAGUCGAACUCCAGCAGAGGUCCUUCGUUUCUCGUACAUAUGGAAGAAUCGACAAUUGUCAAAGGAGAAUGAAGCUCUUCGACACCAUCAUAAGGUAUCAACUUCCCACGCUAGACAAAACAAAACCCUUGGUGCUCCUUCUUUAGGUAGGAUGAGAGCUGCGAAUGCCGAUAAUUCAGAUGACGAAGUUUCGCUAUAUGGGUCAGAUGUCACAAAGAAGAAGGAAAUGAAAUGUGCCGCUUGUUCUACGAAGAUAAGUGGUGUUUGGUGGAGAUGUCCUAGGACAGUACAAGGAGAAGCUAUGUGCGAAGAUUGCGGUUCGAACUAUAGAAAAUACGGAGUCAUAUCCUUCGUCAAAUCUGAGGAUAGUAAGAAGACUGACAAGAAAGAGGUGACUACCAAGAAGGCAAAGGGAGAAAUAAGUGGUACCACUACUCCUGUACCGCCGCCACCACCGAAACUUCCACCCUGCGCAAGUUGCAAGAAGAUGGAACCAAAGUCUAUGAUGGCUAGAUGCAAGAACUGUACAUAUUCAGUACAUGCAGGGUGUUAUGGUAUUCCAUCGCAGGACAUGGGUCCAGCCUGGGAAUGCGAUUUGUGUAUAAAUGCAAAGUCGGAAGAGAAUAACCUGGAACCACAAUGCGUACUUUGUCCGUUGGAUCUGACACCCGUAACGUCCAAAAUCAAACGUAAACCAACUCAACAUGCAGAAUUCGACCUGCUUUCAGCUUUGAAACCUACGGAAGGAAGACGAUGGGCACAUAUUCUAUGUUCGGCUUACAUACCUGAAGUAGGGUAUGCUGAACCUGCUAGAUUGAAAACUGUUGAAGGUAUAACGGAGAUUACAGCUUCUAGAUGGCAAAAUACAUGUUCGUUGUGUAAUCAAGUAGAGGGAGCUGUGAUUGGAUGUACGGACUGUGAAGCUCUUUUCCAUCCUGCUUGUGCUUGGUUGUCAGGUCACAAAGUUGGUUUUGAGUUUAGCUUGGCUAAACCGGGUAGGCACGGUACUGUCACAGUGACCAAAUUCAAAGAUUCAGAAGGAGUCAUGGGUCCAGGUAUAUGGUGCAAAUCACAUGAUCUAGAAGGUAGGGUAAUAUAUGAUCUACAUGAGAUAGAUCCGGAGCAAAAUGAGACCGCCCUUCAAGUCUACGUUGGAGCUUAUAAAGCUAUACCGCCACAUGAUUCUUUCCCGCUGCUUCGAAAAGCUAAAAGACUGGAACCUUUUUUGCCUUCUUAUCAAACCAAUCUCCCUGUCCCCACCGAUAUUACAACACUUUGUGCAGAUUGUGGUGUUGAUGUCUCACCAUUGUGGUAUGACGUCUCAUCAACAAAUUCAGCACAAUCCGGAAUCAAAGAUGAAAAAAUGGAAAUUGACGGCGAAGAAAAUCAGGGACCACAUAUCAAUGGUCAUGGUAAUGGCACAAGAAUAAAAUGUAAUAAAAAAGUUUGCCAUUUAUGUGGAUUUAAAUAUCGAUGA